UAGUCAAGUCAUGAAAAGCUGUCAAUCUCUUUGCUUUGCCAAUUGCUGUCUAUCCAUCUGUCUCUCUCUCUCUCACCUACAUUCACAUAAUGACAAGCCUUCUCGAUUUCACCCUUUUCAAAUCCCAACAUUUUUUAUAUUUUUCUUACGCAGAAGAAGUUCAAUUCAUGAUUUGGCUCUUUUAUAAAAUCAUCAACUUCGGAUCUCCUUGUUUGAUUGAGAUUCAGUUUCUUACUACAUCACGGUGAUUCUUCUGUCAUGUAAAACACCAACUGCUAUGGAUCAUUCAUGAAAUGCUUGAGCUUACUUGUAAGAGACUUGAGUGUUAACUAAUUGGUGAGAAUCUAAGCUUUCUUUCAAAAAAAAUGGCUAUGGCUCCUCCCAUCAAAGUGUUUCUAGGCUCUUUUGCCUUCGCUGUAUUUUGGGUAUUAGCGGUUUUUCCUGCUGUCCCUUUUAUGCCAAUCGGAAGAACAGCAGGGUCUCUCCUUGGUGCCAUGCUCAUGGUUCUUUUUCAAGUAAUAACUCCAGAUCAAGCUUACGCUUCCAUUGAUCUUCCAAUCCUUGGCCUCCUCUUUGGUACAAUGGUUGUAAGUGUUUAUCUGGAAAGAGCAGAUAUGUUCAAAUAUCUAGGUAAGUUACUCGCAUGGAAAAGUCAAGGAUCCAAAGACUUACUCUGUAGAAUCUGCUUAAUAUCCGCUGUUUCCAGUGCUUUUUUCACUAACGACACAUCAUGUGUUGUGUUAACUGAAUUCGUACUCAAAAUAGCAAGACAACAAAACCUUCCACCACAUCCGUUUCUACUAGCACUUGCUUCAAGUGCAAAUAUCGGGUCAUCCGCUACACCAAUAGGCAACCCGCAAAACCUUGUAAUAGCAGUUCAAAGCAAGAUACCAUUUGGGGAAUUUUUGUUUGGGAUUGUGAUGGCGAUGUUGGUGGGCGUUUUCGUAAAUGCGCUGAUUCUGUUAUGUAUGUUUUGGAAGGUGUUAUCUGUUCAAAAAGAUGAAGAAGAACCUCCUGUUGAAGUAUCAACUCAAGAAGACAUGAAUUCCCAUCGAUUUUCACCAGCUACAAUGUCACAUCUUUCAUCUCAAACUUCUCACGAACUUGCUGCUAGUUUGGACGCGAUGAGUCAUCAUCUUCACAACUCGCCAGGUGUCAACGGAACAUUGGAUAAUCUCACUCUCAGGAACCGUAUAACUUUAAGUGAUGAAAUCCACACCCCAAAAGACAUUACAGUUACAGAAAACGGAAACGGAAUCGGGAAUGGCGAUUCCGGUUUGGGUUUGGAGGAAAAGGAUGAAAAGUCUGCGAAAUGGAAGAUAAUGUUAUGGAAAACAGGGGUUUAUGUGAUUACGAUCGGAAUGUUGGUUUCCUUUCUAUUGGGAUUAAACAUGUCAUGGACUGCAAUUACAGCUGCUUUGGCUCUUGUGGUUCUUGAUUUUAAGGAUGCAAGGCCAUGUUUGGAGAAGGUUUCUUAUUCGCUUUUGGUUUUCUUUUGUGGGAUGUUUGUGACUGUUGAUGGGUUUAAUAGGACAGGAAUCCCAAGUGCAGUGUGGGAUUUCAUGGAGCCUUAUGCACAAAUCGAUCAUAUUUCUGGUGUAGCAAUUCUUGCACUUGUUAUUGUUGUUCUAUCAAAUCUUGCUUCAAAUGUGCCAACAGUGCUGUUGUUGGGGGCAAGGGUGGCGGCGGCGGCGGCUAGUAUAUCGCCGGAGAAGGAGAAGAAAGCGUGGCUAAUAUUGGCGUGGGUUAGUACGGUUGCCGGAAACCUAUCUCUACUGGGAUCGGCGGCGAAUUUGAUUGUAUGUGAACAAGCUCGUCGUGCUCAAAAUUUUGGGUAUAAUCUUACGUUUUGGGCUCAUCUCAAAUUUGGUGUUCCUUCCACAAUUAUCGUUACAGCUAUUGGUUUGACAUUGAUAAGGGCAUAAUAAUCUUCCUUCAUCUUUUCGACAUUUCCUUUUAGGUUUACUUAAAGAAAAAUUCAGAAAAGAAUGCUAGAGUUUUCACUCGAUAUAUAUGUAGCUAUUGUUUUUAAUUAGAAUAAGAUUGCCACAAUCAAGUAAUUUGUGCAGCCAUGGGAAUAUGUAUGUCUUGUGAAGCCAAUAUUGGAUGUGAGAGAAUGAUUUGAAUAUAAACCCAACUCUCCUUGUA